GAGAAGCUCGAGGACUUCCCCUGGGCCAACCCCUUCGGCACCCCCGAGCUCAAGCAGUUCGACGCAGCCUGCGACGCCACCAAGACCUUCCCCGCCGCCGAGUUCCAGCUCCACGACCUCAGCACCCCGGAGCCGCUGGGCCUGCUCCCCUACAACGAGGUCCUCAAGGGCUUCUUCGGCGGCCGCCCUUACCCGGGCGCCUGGUCUGGCAUCGACGCCCACGGCUACGAGCGGAUCCUGCUCAAGAUGGAGUACGCACAGGUGCCGCGCAAGGUGCGGGAGUGGAUCGAGGAGCAGGAGAGGACCGAGGGGCCCGGGAAGGGGCUCUUUGCUGUCUUUGACACGCCUGGCAAGGCGGAGACGGUCGAGUCUUUGGCGGAUCUCGUUGGCUAUGACCUGCGCUCUCUGGACGGCAAGAGGGUGGUCAUCUUUGCGCCCGGGGCUGUGUAUGAGAACUUGCCGCUCUGGGUUGCAGAGGAUAGCGAAUGUGAAGACGCUCUGUCGGAUCUAACCAGCUACAGUCCUAAGCCAGUCGACGGGGGUGUCGUUGGUUGGACAACAAACUACCCAGCCCCGGCAAGAAAGCAAGGACAGCGCGAGAUGAAAUUCACCCUCAAGGCUCAGGUCUUGAAGGCGAAA